AUGAAGCGGAAUGCUGAUGGGAAAGUUAAGGACAAUAAUGUUGACAUGUUUGGACAAUUCAAGGAAAAAACUGGGACCUGGGAAGGAAAACACUCUGAUAGUGUUCUCAUUUUCACCCAUAAUAACUGUAAACCGCGGGCAAAGAUAGCAGCCUUCGACAUGGAUGGAACACUAGUGACAACAAAGUCAGGAAAGGUGUUUCCUGUGGAUAACUCUGAUUGGAGAAUCAUUUACGAUCAAGUCUUACCGCGAGUGAAAAAGCUCUAUGGAGAGGAGGAAUACAAAAUUGUUAUUUUCACUAAUCAGAAAGGAAUUCAGACUGGCAAAGUAGAUAAAAAUGGCUUCAAACAAAAAAUGGAAUCGAUUAUAAGAAAACUUGGAGUACCUGCACAGGCAUUCGUCGCCAUAGGUGAUGGACAGUAUCGAAAGCCGUGCACAGGUAUGUGGAAAGAGCUUUUAGAAGCUAAUGGUGACAUCGCCAUCGACGUUAGCAAGUCGCUAUACGUUGGAGAUGCUGCUGGAAGACUCAAAACAAAGACCCGUCCUAAAAAGGAUCACUCAUGUGCUGAUCGCUUUUUUGCUUCAAAUCUCGGUAUCGAAUUCCAUACUCCGGAAGAGUUUUUCCUUGGCAAGAAGACACCGGAACCGUGGAGUCCUCCAUUGUUCGAUCCUGUUGCAUAUAUUGAUGCUAAGAAGCCUCUUCUAGAACCUGGAGACACUCCAUUGCCAUCGUUUGGGAAAGAAGUUGUAGUGAUCGUCGGAUUCCCUGGAUCAGGCAAGUCUACCUUUGCGCGCAUGUUGGAAAAAGAGCACGGAUACAUGGUUGUCAAUCGUGAUACGUUGGGCACGUGGCAGAAAUGUUGUGAACGAGCAAGAGUUUAUUUGAGAGAUGGGAAGAGCGUAGUAGUAGACAAUACGAAUCCAGAUAAGGAGUCCAGGAGUCGUUACACGGCGUUGGCUCGAGAAAUGAAGGCAUCAUGUCGGUGCUUUGAACUGACCUGUGACAUUCAUCAAGCUGGUCAUAAUGUAAAAUUUCGGCUUCUAACUCAAGGAACAUCGAAUGAGGUUGGAACGAUGGUACUUCGGAUGUAUUCUAACAAAUAUGAGAAACCAGAAUUGUCCGAAGGAUUCGACUCCAUAGUGUACGUGAACUUCGUGCCAAAUUUUGAAAAGGAAGAACAUGCAGAGCUAUACAGGCAGUACUUAUCGGAGUCUUAG